AUCCAACAACAAGCUAAACAACAUGUCGGCCUAUAGUAUUGCUGCUCUCCUCGUUGCCGCCAUUGUCAUCCUGUCUAGCCAUCAGGCGCAGGCGGCUAUUGCUCGUGCCGAUUUUAGCAAUGCUGCUCAUCCCGGCAAGUGUGUGUUGAGCCAGAACUCUGUCAUGUCGCCCGGCGAGUCUGGCAAGGCGCCCAACCAUCCUUGCGCCGGUAUCACCUGCCUGGGUGAUGGUCGCGUCCAGUUCCGCACCUGUCAAGCUGUGGCGCCACCCAAGGGCUGCAAGCUGCGUGACUUUGUCGACACAAAUCGCAACUAUCCUGAAUGCUGCGAACGCACCUACGAUUGCUCCAAGCACAUUUAAAGCGCUUAUCGUUAAUCGGUAAUCGAUUUGAGACGAUCGUUCGCUGAGCCUUAAAUUGAUUGUGCCCGUUCUAUUUUCAAAUUAUUG